AUGUCCUUUUUCGGUUUCGAUAACGCGCGCCAUAACACGGCUGCGCCAGGAUUCUCCCAAGCCCACGACCCAUUUGCUGGGUUGUCAGGCAAAGAUGGAGACGAUGAUGCUCUAGACUUUGAGGAGACGUAUGAUGGUCUUGGUGACCAGCUCGAAGAGACCGGCGACGCUUUUAACGACGAUACCUUUGGAGACAGUGGCCCAGCAGUUUCCCGCAAUGCUGGCAACGACUUUGAUUUCUUUGGUCAGACUGCCAAGGUUGCUGAUGCGAUAGAGGAGGAGCACGUCCGCUUCCAUCGACAGAAGCCAACCGCCAAACCAGCUCAGGUACCUCCACCAGUUGACCAAUAUGCGCCCACUGACUACCAAUCAUACUACUCUGGCCAACCUUAUCAACAGCAACCCUUCCAACAACAGCCUGUGCGAUCUGGUUAUGAGAAAUACCGCGAACCCGAACCGCUUCCCGACCUGCACGUUGACCGCAGUAUCUGGGGUAUUGGUCCUUCCAAGCCUGCGCAGCAAGCAUCGCCCGCUCCUGUUCCUGCAGCCCAGCCUAUUCAACAUGGUGCUAGCCGAAAGGUCAUGAGCUUGGAGGAGGUCGAGGCUGCCAUGCGAUCUCAGCCCAUGCAACAUACUCCUCAGCCUCAUGCCGCAGAUCUCUCCUACCAGCAGCCUCCUCCCGGCUUCGCUGGUCAUCAGCACCAACCUCCUCAAGCCCAUGGACACGGCCAUCCCGUGGCCAUUCUGCAGAGACCUCAAAGUACACAGUCAAAGUCCACGCCGCCAGCCCCUGGACUUCAAGGAACUCCUGUACAGCAUCACCAACAACCCCAUGCCAACCCAACACAAAUUCUACAGAAUCCCACCCGCACUGGCUCGGAUGCACAUGCACCACAUCAGCAGGGCCACGGUGCUAAACAAUCCCACGGUGCUGUUCCUAGCGCUGCCCAGUUGCAGGCUCAUCCUCAGAUGCAGCAGAUGUCUGAAGAAGAGAAGGCUGCUUUCCUCGAUCAGGAGACCAAGAGGGCCAAGCGUAACCACAAGAUUUGGCUUCUGUCCAAGGAUAACGGUUUGAUGACACCUCAAGACAAGAACUUCAUCACCCGAAUCCAGCUCCAGCAGCUCGUUUCUGCUACUGGUAACCCUGUAGAGGGAUCUGAUGCCUCAAUUGCCGAGGAUUUCUACUACCAAGUCUUCAGUCAUAUCCGAGCUGGUCAGCGCCAGAACCCUAGUCAGCCCUUGAGCAACUUUGCGCAAACCUACCUGUACCAAACUGGUAGCCGCCAGGGUGGUAUGCGACGCCAUGGUCGACCUGCCGAGAACCACUUCCAACGAAUGGAGCAGCAGGUGCAGCGAGCUGUGGAAGCCGCCAAGAAUAAGCCCAAGAACCCCCAGCUUGUCAUUGCUGGUAGUCUGGGAAAGAUUUCUUUCAGUAACGCCAAAACACCAAAGCCUCUGCUUAGUAUCAAGCGCACCGAGAGCGAGCACCAGCGACCAAACAACGGCAAGAAGGGAUCUAGCCUGGACCGAAAGACUAUUUUGCGAAACGUUGAGAAGGUUUACCAGACUCUUAUGCAGAUUGAAGACCAUGUCCGACUCAUCCCACCUCCGAUGGCCAGCCCCGAUGAGGAGCUCGAGAACAAGCACAAGGAGUGGGCUAUUAUUCUGGAGUCCUACAAUGCCAAGCUCUGGGAGGAACUCAAGGUUCAUGAGCAGAUCGGUGUUGUUGUUCCUCACCCAUUCAUCGCUUUCCUCUCAUGCGCCAAGGGUGAGAAGGCUAUCCCUCGUCUUUUCCCCCAUCUUUCUUUUGAACAACGAACCACCAUUUUGACAAUGAUCAUUUACCACCUCGACCAAUUGGAUGUUGUUCAGGGUGCUGCCAUCACACCAGGAGAGGUGACAACAAUUAAUGCCAGGAUGCGAGAGAAGAUUGAGCUUUUCAUCUCUACUGUCAUGCCGUCACUCAUGCAAUACUUCAACGAUACUGGCUUGGACAUUGUUGACGGUGUCCUGAACCUUAUUGCUACGAAGCUCAAUGUCGAUCUCAUUGCUAGAUCAAGAAUCGGUGUUUCCAUGCUCACGCUCAUCCUUAGCCGUGCCGUGCUCCUCAAGCAGACAGGAGCCGGCACCCCCGAGCAAUGGGACAACUGGGACCGAACCUUUGAAAUUUUGUUUACCAGGCUCGAGCCUUCGCUUCCAUACAUCUUCCCAGGUAGUGUCAACACCGGAGAGGAUGUGUACGUAUGGCAGCUUCUUGCAGCCAUGGGUGUAAGCGCCACUCACGAUCAACAAACUCGUUUGGUCCUUGCCGUUAAAGACCGUGUGCUUGACACCGUUACUGUUUCAAAGACUCUGCCUCCUGUCAUGGGAGCUGAGCGCUUGAACAGUGUCAACCUAUUCAUGCGAUCUAUCGGCUUGGAUGUCGAACUACUUCAGUAA